AUGGGACUGGUAGCAUACGUCGUGAUCACAUUCGAGGCUGACAAAUGCGGUAAUGGCAUCCAUAUAUGGGAAGUGGAUGAAUCUGAUCUGCGAAAAUAUAGCAAGUGGGCAAAUACCUCGCAGAUAAUCUAUGGACCUCUGAUCUUCAUCACCAAACUAUCACUCCUUCUGCUUUACUUACGUGUAUUUGCUCCCUCCUUCAGAAGCAAGACCUUUUUCUGCAUCCACGCUCUUAUCUGGCUCAACUUGGGGUUCUACUUUGCAGAUACGAUCGUGAAGAUCUUCGAAUGCUCGCCUCGAGCGAAGAUCUGGGAUAAGACCCUCAAAGGGCACUGCAUCAAUAUCAAUAUCCCCAUCAUUGUGACUUCCUCCAUCAAUGUUGCGUCAGACUUCCUGAUACUGGUUCUGCCUAUUGUGAGUGUGUGGCGCUUGCAAAUGAGAAAGUCCAAGAAAUGGGGCACAUCCGCGAUCUUCGCUGCUGGAAUCUUUAUCAUGCGCCUUGUGGUCAGUGUACGGAACAAAACCGUCAAGGACAAGACCUAUGACUGGUUUCCCCAGUUUUUAUGGACCCAGUUGUAUGCCGGCUUUACCAACCUUCUUCAGACACUUCUUCAAGCGAGCACGCGCCCUGAUCUCAAGGGCAAGCACCAGCUAUGCGUCCCGCCCGGCGAAGAAAGCGAUAGAAGUAAUCAGUUGGCCCGCCAGCCGCUCCGUACGUCAAAAGACACAGUCGAGCGGGGGCCUUAG